ACAGCCUGAAGAGCUGGGGAGAGGUUCGAGUACUUACAGAUAGACAGAUAGCAAGAGAGAGUAAGCGAGACACAUUGAGAAGAGUUUGUGCUGUGGAAGUGUUUGGAAAGGAACUUUUUUUUCUAUAUAUUCUUUAGUUUCAGGAUUUGGAUUUAAUUUGAUCCAAACACUAUUUUCUUUACAUUUUUCUUUUUCUUUUCUUUUUUUUUUUUGUAUUUACUCGCCCGCUUGAUCUGUUGGCCUGUGUGGGUGAGUGUAUUUCUGUGUGUGACAUAGUAAACCAUGGAGCUGGAGCAUUUAGGAGGCGGCGGGGUUAAACCCGAGAGGGGCAGCAGCCGUCUCUACAAGAUAGCUCUGGCCAUGUGCGUGUGCCUCUGCGCUGUCUUGCUGCUUGCUCUCAUACUGGUCUCUCAAAAAUCCAGUCAGGAGGAGUUCUGUCUGACUCCAGAGUGCAUCGAAGCAGCGGGGUCUAUUCUGAGUAAGAUAGACCGGUCUGCUGACCCCUGCCAGGAUUUCUAUGCUUUCUCAUGUGGAGGCUGGCUGAAGGAGAACCCAAUUCCUGAAGAUUCGUCUUCGUAUGGCAUCUACCCCUGGCUGCGGCAGCAUGUGGACAUCCGACUAAAAGAGUUACUACAGGCUCCUUCACACCCUGAUGAACUGGAGGCAGUGACCAAAGCUAAGAUCCUCUACCGCUCCUGUAUGAAUGAAUCUUUACUGGAAGAGUUGGACGCCAAACCGAUGCUGAAAACUCUUAAACAGCCGGAGUUUCGUUGGCCCGUUGUUGGGGAUGGACGUGGGGGGGACUAUCAGUGGUCCCAGAGCCAGUGGAAUCUCCUGAAGACACUGGCAGAGAUGAGGAACCAGCACAGCAAGAGUGUCCUGAUACGCCUGUAUGUCUCCCCCGACGACAAAAACUCCUCACUCUACAUCAUCAAGCUCGAUCAAGCGUCCUUGUCUCUGUCCUCCAGGGAAGACUACACAACCAAUACUUCCUCAGCUCGGGCGUACCGCGCUGCCUUGCUGAAGUUGAUGGUGGACGUGGCUGUCAUGCUGGGCGCCCCGGAGAAAGCAGCACUGACCCAGAUGGAAAAGGCCCUUGCCUUCGAGAUCAAAUUGGCUGACAUCUUGAUUCCUUAUGAAAACCGCACCAACGAGAACAUGUACAACAAUUACACACUCUCUCGCCUGCAGCGCUCCAUACCACAGUUUGACUGGCUGAAUUUUGUAAAAGCUGUGGUGGAGUCUAAAGGCGACCCGCCUCGGACCAUCUCCUCCUCUGAGCGCGUCAUUGUCAGAGCUCCGCAGUACUUCAAGGACCUGAUGAAGCUCCUCAACGCCACAGAUCCCAGGACUGUAGCUAACUACGUCCAGUGGAGGACAGUGUUUUCCAGGAUCACCACUCUGAGUCGGCGUUUCCUCUACAGAUACCUCGACUACGCUCGGGUAACCACGGGAACCACCUCUCUGACCCCUCGCUGGGAUAAGUGCGUCAACUACGUCGAGAACUCCCUUGUUUAUGCUACCGGGCGCCUCUUUGUCAACACACACUUUCAGGAGGACAAGAAACAUAUGAUGGAGGAGCUGAUCGAGGGCAUUCGCUGGGCAUUCAUGGACAUGCUGGAGAAGGAGAACGACUGGAUGGACGAGCCAACAAAGAAGAGAGCUGUAGAAAAGGCUCAUGCGGUCAUGGCUAAGGUUGGCUACCCCGAGUUUAUUUUGAAUGACACCUACCUCAACGAAGAUUUAAAGCAGCUACAGUUUGAUGAAAAGGAUUACUACGGCAACGUGAUGCAGACGCUCAAGUUCAUCGCCCAGUCUGAUAUCAACUGGCUCCGGAAGAAAGUCCCACGUACAGAGUGGUUUACAAACCCUACGACUGUGAACGCCUUCUACAGCUCAUCCACAAACCAAAUCAGAUUCCCUGCGGGAGAGCUUCAAAAGCCUUUCUUCUGGGGACGAGAGUAUCCAAGAUCUUUAAGUUACGGAGCCAUUGGAGUUAUAGUUGGACAUGAGUUGACACACGGCUUCGACAACAACGGACGCAAGUAUGACAAAAACGGCAAUCUCGACAAGUGGUGGAGCAACGCGUCUGAAACGGCCUUCAGUGAGAAGACUCAGUGCAUGAUUGACCAGUACAACGCCUACCACUGGGAUGAGGCUGGUUUAAAUGUGCGUGGUAAGAGGACUCUGGCCGAAAACAUAGCAGACAACGGAGGAAUAAGAGAAGCGUUCAGGGCGUACAGGCGGUGGGUGGCUCAGAGCAGAAACGGUGUGGAGGAGCCUCUGCUGCCUGGAGUUGAACUGAACAACAAUCAACUGUUCUUCAUGAGCUACGCACAUGUAAGAUGCAACUCAUACAGACCAGAAGCAGCAAGGGAGCAGAUUCAAAGUGGUGCUCACAGUCCGCCAAAAUACAGAGUUAUCGGUGCGAUGAGUAACUACGAGGAGUUUCGUAAAGCGUACAACUGUCCGGAGUCGUCCGUUAUGAACCGAGGAGCAACGUCCUGCCGGGUGUGGUGACCUUCGUCAUCAGCUUGACACGUUCGUACCACACUAGAAGCACUGGCAUGACGAAAAAAGGCUGAUAAUGCUGGAUGAAACCAACAUAGUUUACACGAUUAGGGAGCAACGGAGAAAUGCAGUAGGGUUGUUCUUACUGAAAUAUAUACAGAUCAGAUGUGUUGGGGUUAGAGUGGAACACUUUUCUAAAACUGAAGCCAUUUUUAAUUGGCUUUCAAACCUUUUUGCCAAUUAUAUUUACUGCACUUAGUGCAUAAAUUAUGACCGGAGCCAUUUGUACAGGACCAUAGAUAAAGGAUUAUAGAAAGAUAUGUGAAGAUAUUUUUACAAGCUGUUUUUGUCACUCUUUUACAACAAAACUUUAUGUACUGUGCGUAUAACUAGAUAAAGUUGGCGCAUUUGUUACAGGAUUCAUGAAUACACCGAAUUACUGUAAAUAUAUUUGAGACGCAUCUGUUGGAAGCAGACAUAUCAGGUGAACAUCUGUCUAUAUACUCUGUUGUUAUCAGCCCUGAUUAUGGACACAUUCUAAACCAAAGAUUAGUUUGUUUUAAAGCAUAACAUUAGGGUAGAUAUUUCUUAAAUCUUAGUUUUUCUUCUCGUGCAACAAAUAUUUUAAGAUUUAAUAUAACUUCAGCUACCUAAGGUACGUUGUGUACAUGUGUUUGUGUGUGUGUGGGUCCAAAAUUGUCUUUGUUAGGAAGUUUUAUCUGGAUUUCAGUUCUGCUUUGUCUUGUGUUAGAAAUCCAUUUUCACUGGGUUACAGCUUCUUUAACUACACUCCAAAUAACUGGGAUAUUUUUGCGUCUCCAUUAACGACUUAGGUUUGUGGCUAGUGCAAAGAAUUAGGAAUGAAAUGAAACAAAAUUGUCCACUGAAUUGAUGUUUAUUAGUAGUAAUUAUGAAAAGGUUUUGGUUUGUGCAUUUAAAUACUUUGCCCUGACGUAUAUUUGCAUUAACAGCUAGUCUCUGGUACACAUCACAGCUUGCCAAUUGUAAGAAUCACAAACUUAACUAGCUAGCUUAACUGAUAAGGCUAAAAGUAGUUUGCAAAUUCACGUUUUCGUUUAAUAAUGCUAAAAUGAAAUUGUAAUUGUUGCACUGGAAAAUAACUGGUGUAAGGUGUUGUGCAGCAUAAAUUCUUUAAUCUGUGAACUAAUGUUAGCCUUAUUAGUUAAGCUAGCUAGUUAGGUUAGCAGUCUAAUAAUUACACUUGCUAGAAAGCUCAACUGACAAGGUCUACAUUAGUUUGCUGAUACAUUAUUUACAUACAUUUGAAUGUGAAAAUAUUACAAUUAUUUUACAGCAGUGACUUACUUUUUUUUAUUUUGGUAAUGCUACAGUUGUUUUUCCGUCUAAGCUUUGAUUAGCUAAGAUUAGCUAGCUAAAAUGUCACACAAAUGGAUUUGUGAUAGAAUACGAAACAAUCAAAUUGUAUUCAGUAUUAUAUAUAUAUUAUAAUUAAGAAGUAAAAACUAUCAUCUAAAAUUUUAAGUAUUGGCAUCUAAGUAUUGUUAGAAUUUGUGCUUUACUGUUACGCUACCAGGUCAUCUGUAAGCUAGAUUUUUUCUCAAUUCAUCUUUUUUUAAAUCUUUUAUUUAUUUUAUUUUGACACUGACACGUUUGUUCAUUAUUUUUGCUUUUUGUUUCUACCAAAACAUAUGGAAAUGAAAACCUGUAAAAAUGUAUUAUCAAUUCCUAGUUAUUAUUAAUACGUGUGUGCUCUGUUGUUAUAGUUCAUUGUUUCUGUUUUUUUGUUUUUUGUUUUUUUUUGUCAGGUUCUAAUAAAACUCUGACACAGUACGUUGUCCCUCCACCUUGUAACUUUGCCAUGAAUGAUAAAGUGAGUUGGAGAAGGCGUGUGUGUGACAGAAGGGAAGCGAAGUAGACAGAGAGGGCUGAUGGAUGGAGGCAAAAAAGACAUAAAGAGACUGGCAUCUCCUUUUAUUGAUUUUCCUCUGGACCUGCUAUUACAAACACAUCUGAGCACACGCACACCACAUCUCAUUCAUAUGUGUCAGUUACCAUGGCAACUUGCUCUGUGAUACAGGAGGCUCCUGAACCUGUCAUUAUGUUGGUGUGUUUGCAUGGUGUCCAGCAGGUGGUAACAUUAAUGGCGCAGCAGCAGCCUCAUCAAUUCACACAAAUUAGAAAAACAGUCCGGUGUCCAGUCCAUUAUGGUUGUGUGUGUGUUAAGGGGUGUUGGGUUGAUUA